AUGCCAGGAGUUCAAGACUACAUCAGUUCUUUGAAGGCUAUGUACAUCGACAGGCCGAAAACUUCAGCUUUGGAAGACUUCACUUCAUUCCAUAUUUUCCCUCACCUCCCAACAGAGCUCAGGCGCAAAAUCUGGGAAUAUGCUAUGCCAGAACGAAUAAUUGAAGCGAAACUUCAUCGCGAAGGUGAUUCUUGGUAUUACCGUUCCACCACACCUGAUCGAAGACUAGAUGCCCGAAAAAUGCCAAAUCUAUUCUCGGUGAACGUCGAAUCUAGAGAAAUCUGCGCAGAGCAAUACGUCCUCUUUGCAAACCACUUUAUUCACCCAACACUUGACAUCCUCUAUAUAACCUGGCUCCUCGACUCCCGCCCAAGACACGUCACAGAGAUUACAUGCAGACCGCUCGGCAAAUUCCAGAAUGUUGUCAUUUCUGCUGGACAAAAUAGGUUGUUUCGAACACGCUUUGGCGCCAUGAUUGAGUGUAUAAAGAGCCUUGGAAGCCCCCCAGAAAUCAGUCUUGGCCUCGAUGGUCCGAAGUUCCCGCAAAUGCUAUCAAAUAUGCGAGGUUACUCGACUGCGACUGGUCACCAAGUCAUCUUGUUGACAUGGAACACCAAUACUGCCCAUAACCCAACCUAUGAGAAGACACUUGAAGGAGGAGUCACUGACGCAUUUCGUCUCGAAGAAAAAGCUACGCGCGACUUGAGACUUCCUAAAAUCAAUGAGCGAAUGUUGUAUAUCUACUCGGGGAUCUGA